AUGAGAAACGAAUCCUUAAUUAAAGGUUUACUGCUACUAAUAUUAGGUAUUUUGCUAUUUAUUUUAUUAUACAAAAGUAAAAAAAAAGAUAGUCUUUCCAGAUCUACUUUUUUAAAUGAAGAUUUAGUUAAUAAAAUAAAUGAUAGUAUAAAACCAUAUUUCAACUAUAAUCUAAUUAACGAAUUAGAGACUUUCCUACAAGAAAAAAAUGGAGAAAAUAUUGUUAAACAAAAUAAUCAAGCAGACGCAACAAAAUUUUAUUCAAAAAAAGAAGUAUUAUAUAUUGAUUUAAAUUGCGAAUAUGGUCAUCUGUCAGCUAAUCAUAAUUUUGUUACA